GGGCUCGAAAGUUCUGGCGAACAGGGGGAGCGGAAUUGGGAGAGCUGCAGGCACCUCGGACGGGAGGCAGUGGUCCUGGGAGCGGCCCCAGAGCGCAGAGACAGACUCCAGCUGGUGGGGAGGGCCCGGCCUGUAGGGCCCCGGGGGCCUGAGGGGGAGGGGCGCCUAGGUGUGCAGGAAGCAAAUUGGCUGCCAGGGGUGCAGGAGGGGCAGGUGGUACAAGCUGUCCAGGAAACAUAUUUGAACGGGAAGGGAUCCCAGGAGGGAGGGGGACCCCCCGAGGGGCACAGGAUUCGGAGGCGCAGACGGAGGAGGAGGUGGUAACUUGCAAGUCACCUACCUGGCACAGGGACCCUUCCUGGGGCCCAGGGGAACGCAGUAUGUAGGGGUGUAAAGAAUGGGGACCAAAAGAGCUCUGUGAACCUGGGAGCUUCGGAAGCCACUGCACGAGGGCAGGCAGUAGCCCGUGCGAUCCUCUUCUGCUACCUCAGCUUGGGCAUCAUUGAAGGUGUGUCGGAAGGCAGCGAAAGGCAGCAGAGGCUGGGCAGCAGCAGCAUGCAGCCCGAGGAGGGCACAGGCUGGCUGCUGGAGCUGUUGUCCGAGGUACAGCUACAACAGUACUUCCUACGGCUCCGUGAUGACCUCAAUGUUACCCGCCUGUCCCACUUUGAGUAUGUCAAGAAUGAGGACCUGGAGAAGAUUGGCAUGGGCCGGCCUGGCCAACGGCGGCUGUGGGAGGCUGUGAAGAGGAGGAAGGCCAUGUGCAAACGCAAGUCGUGGAUGAGCAAGGUGUUCAGCGGAAAGCGGCUAGAAGCUGAGUUCCCCCCCCAUCACUCUCAGAGCACCUUCCGGAAAACCUCACCCACCCCGGGGGGCCCAGCAGGGGAAGGGCCUCUGCAGAGCCUCACCUGCCUUAUCGGGGAGAAGGACCUGCGCCUCUUGGAGAAGCUGGGAGAUGGCUCCUUUGGCGUGGUGCGCAGGGGCGAGUGGGAUGCCCCCUCGGGAAAGACGGUGAGUGUGGCUGUGAAGUGCCUGAAGCCCGAUGUGCUGAGCCAGCCAGAGGCCAUGGAUGACUUCAUUCGGGAGGUCAAUGCGAUGCACUCGCUUGACCACCGAAACCUCAUUCGCCUUUAUGGUGUGGUGCUCACACCACCCAUGAAGAUGGUAACAGAGCUGGCGCCGCUGGGAUCGUUGUUGGACCGGCUGCGUAAGCACCAGGGCCACUUCCUCCUGGGGACUCUGAGCCGCUACGCUGUGCAGGUGGCUGAGGGCAUGGGCUACCUGGAGUCCAAGCGCUUUAUUCACCGUGACCUGGCUGCCCGCAAUCUCCUGUUGGCUACCCGAGACCUAGUCAAGAUUGGGGACUUUGGGCUGAUGCGAGCGCUGCCCCAGAACGAUGACCAUUACGUCAUGCAGGAACAUCGAAAGGUGCCCUUUGCCUGGUGUGCCCCCGAGAGCCUAAAGACACGAACCUUCUCCCAUGCCAGCGACACCUGGAUGUUUGGGGUCACACUGUGGGAGAUGUUCACCUAUGGCCAGGAGCCCUGGAUUGGCCUCAAUGGCAGUCAGAUCUUGCAUAAGAUUGACAAGGAAGGGGAGCGGCUGCCCCGGCCCGAGGACUGCCCCCAGGACAUCUACAAUGUUAUGGUCCAGUGCUGGGCUCACAAGCCAGAGGACAGACCCACAUUUGUGGCCCUGCGAGACUUCCUGCUGGAGGCCCAACCCACAGACAUGCGGGCCCUUCAGGACUUCGAGGAACCAGACAAGCUGCACAUCCAGAUGAACGAUGUCAUCACUGUCAUUGAGGGAAGGGCUGAGAACUACUGGUGGCGUGGGCAGAACACGCGGACGCUGUGUGUGGGGCCCUUCCCUCGCAACGUGGUGACUUCUGUAGCUGGCUUGUCAGCCCAGGACAUUAGCCAGCCCUUGCAGAAUAGCUUCAUCCACACAGGGCAUGGCGACAGUGACCCCCGCCACUGCUGGGGCUUCCCGGACAGGAUCGAUGAGCUGUAUUUGGGAAACCCCAUGGACCCUCCUGACCUGCUAAGUGUGGAACUGAGCACCUCCCAACCCACUCAGCAUCUGGGAAGGGUGAAAAAACCAACCUAUGACCCUGUGAGUGAGGACCAAGACUCCCUGUUCAGCGACUUUAAGAGGCUGGGCCUGCGGAAGCCAGGUCUGCCCCGAGGGCUGUGGCUAGUGAAGCCCUCAGCCCGAGUGCCGGGUACCAAGUCAGGCCGCAGCAGCGGGGCUGAGGUGACCCUCAUCGACUUUGGUGAAGAUCCUGUGGUCCCAGCUCCACGGCCCUGUGCGCCCUCCCUGGCACAGCUGGCCAUGGACGCCUGCUCCUUGCUGGACAAGACCCCUCCACAGAGUCCCACACGGGCACUGCCUCGACCCCUGCACCCCACGCCUGUGGUGGAUUGGGAUGCACGCCCGCUGCCCCCACCCCCUGCCUAUGAUGAUGUGGCCCAGGAUGAAGAUGACUUUGAGGUCUGCUCUAUCAACAGCACCCUAGUGGGUGCAGGGGUCUCCACUGGGCUGUGCCAUGGCGAGACCAAUUAUGCCUUUGUGCCUGAGCAGGCACGGCUGCCCCCUCCCCUGGAGGAUAACCUGUUCCUCCCUCCCCAGGGAGGAAGUAAGCCACCCAGCUCUGCUCAGACCACAGAGGUCUUCCAGGCCCUGCAGCAGGAGUGCAUGCGCCAGCUGCAGGUCCCAGGUGGCCCACUGGCCCCCUCACCAGGCCCAGCUGGCGAUGAUAAGCCCCAGGUGCCUCCCAGGGUACCCAUUCCCCCUCGGCCCACACGCCCACGCGCUGAGCUGUCUCCAGCCACCUCAGGUGAGGAGGAGAUGGGUCGAUGGCCUGGACCUGCCUCCCCUCCCCGGGUGCCGCCUCGGGAGCCCCUAUCCCCUCAAGGCUCGAGGACUCCCAGUCCCUUGGUGCCAUCUGGCAGCUCCCCACUGCCACCACGGCUUUCAAGCUCACCUGGGAAGACCAUGCCUACCACCCAGAGCUUCGCCUCAGACCCCAAGUAUGCCACACCCCAGGUGAUACAGGCACCGGGUCCACGGGCUGGGCCCUGCAUCCUGCCCAUUGUUCGGGACGGCAAGAAGGUCAGCAACACCCACUACUACCUGCUGCCUGAGCGCCCGCCCUACCUGGAGCGUUACCAGCGCUUCCUGCAGGAGGCCCAGAGUCCUGUGGAGCCAGCACCCGUGCCUACACCCCUGCUUCUGCCCCCACCCAGCACCCCAGCCCCUGCUGCCCCCACUGCCACUGUUCGACCGAUGCCCCAGGCUGCCUCAGACCCCAAAGCUAAUGUCUCCAGCAACAACAGCAAUCCAGGGCCCCGGCCACCGGCCUUGAGGGCCACUGCUCGACUACUACAGAGGGGCUGCCCUGGGGAUGGGGCAGAGGCUGGGCGGCCUGCAGAUAAGAUCCAGACGGCCAUGGUACAUGGGGUAACCACAGAGGAGUGCCAGGCGGCCUUGCAGAGCCAUGGCUGGAGUGUGCAGAGGGCUGCUCAGUAUCUGAAGGUGGAACAACUCUUUGGGCUGGGUCUGCGGCCAAGGGGGGAGUGCCACAAAGUGCUAGAGAUGUUCGACUGGAACCUGGAGCAAGCUGGCUGCCACCUUUUGGGCUCCUGUGGCCCUGCUCACCACAAGCGCUGAGAUACAUCUGCAGAGCCAGAGGACCUUCCCUGAAGGAAUCACUUGAGCCUGUCCAUCUGCCAAUGGUGGGGAGACGCCCCUAUCCAGGCCUGGAAGACCUGCUGCCACUUCUGCUCCCAUGGACAGAAUGAGGCCGAGGCAGCAGGAGGCUGGAGCCCUGCCUUGCCUGUCCCUCCCAUACCCAGUGCUGCCCCUGCACACUUUGGUUCAGCCCUUGGUGCCCAGCCACAUUAUGGGAAGAAGCCCUAUGAAAGCAGGUCUGGGCUGCCCUGGUAGGCCCUGCGCAUGACCUGCCUUUGGGCUCCAGGCCUUGGCUGGGCCUGUGGAUGGAAUUGUGCCCCCAGAUCCUGCCCAGGGGACCAGACUGAGAGGAAACCAGGCUUGACCUAGGCAGGAAGGAUGUGUUUGCCACAGAGAAAGGUGGACCAGCAUCCAGGGAGCCCUCCUGAGGGCUGGGCCCUUUUCAAGGAGUCCCUGGCAGGCAGUUGGGGUAUCAGAUAGAAUGUGACUUGUGGCCUUGCUGUGGACAUGUUACGGGACUUGGCUGGUCUUAGAAUCUUGUGUCUGGAAAUAGCCUGAGGUGGCUCAGGAAGCAGGGAAAGGGUGCCAGACCAUUCUCUGGCAGGGACCAGGGCCCAAGGCCCCAGGGUUGGAAGGAGACCAAAGGGGCAGGUGCCCUGGAGGCAUGUCAGUCAGUGCUUCCUCUUUGACCCCGACUCUUCCCCUGUGCUGUUCUGUGUUUUUCCACCAGCCUCUCACCCAAGUUGCUACCCCAGCUAUCAGUACCUGCUUCUUCUAAACAAAUAAAGUUAGUUUAUAUUUUAUGUUACUUAUUUGUG